AUGCCUGAGAAUGUCAUCAACAAAUCAAUGUUGAAUGCUGAUGCUACACGACGACGAGCCCAAAAAAUUGAAGGCGUUCGUCGAGUACCGCAAGGAUUUUUCGAUGAUUUCUCAACAACAGCGCCACGUCAGCCCACCCACCCUAGUCGCAACCCUAUCAGUUGGGCUCAAAAUUUUGUCUCGGGUAUGCUACGCAAACGAGACAGAUCGGGUAUCCGGUUGCCGCGAGUAGUCGAAGUUCCAUUAACAGCGGGAAAGCCUUCUCAUGUCGACGCAGAGGAAUUACCACGCAAGAAAGAAGCCCUCCGCGAAAUCUUCUCAACCUACCAAACCUCCUACCACGCAGCAACAAAGCGGCACGGCGACUCAAAGCAAUAUGUCAUCAUCACAGCAAUCACCUGCUACUGCUGCCACGACAUCCACGACGUCUCCUGGUGUUACUGGUACUGCAGGGGCAGCCGGUACAAGUCAUGA